AAUGGCCAAUAUUAAAUAUUGACGAACACGGAGAACUGAUCCGAGACCAGUAGUUUGCAUGCCGUAGUUUCCUUAAGUUAUCACGUUUAAUAACCGAACUUGCGGCAGCUUCCUUGUUGCUGCAGUGGUUCUGUCAAGGUACAAACAUGUCCCUGAGUGUCUUAUAUCACAGACUAGGCUGCCGGUUGUUUCAUAAUCAGGUUCUGCAGACACAAAGCGUCAGGCUCGCACACAAUGUUGUACGGAGAGAAACUGGACUGACACACACGCUGUCACCGCGGAGAGUUCCCUGCUACCUGGCGAAUGUAAGUCACACCUGCAGAACCACACAAUGGCUGAACCAACAGUGCUCCAGAAGGCUUUCCUCAAUGCCCCCACCGCCAUCAAAGGAUCAGCCUAAGAAGUCAGGGCCUGUGUCGUGGAAAUCUUUAGCCAUAACAUUUGCUAUCGGAGGAGCUCUGCUGGGAGGGAUGAAAUAUUUCAAGAAAGAAAAGGAAGAAUUGAUUGAAAAACAGAGGAACAAGUCGAUCGGGAAGCCGGCGCUGGGCGGUCCGUUCUCUCUCAUCGAUCACAACAAGAAGCCCACCAAGAGCGAGGACUUCCUCGGCCAGUGGAUCCUCAUCUACUUUGGGUUCACUCACUGCCCUGACAUCUGUCCAGAUGAACUGGAGAAAAUGAUUGAAGUGGUGGAUGAAAUAGACAGCAUAAAGACUCUACCUAACCUGACUCCCCUCCUCAUCACCAUCGAUCCGGACAGGGACACGGCGGAGGCCAUGGCUGUAUACGUUAAAGAGUUUUCCCCGAAACUGGUUGGUUUGACGGGGACUCUGGAUCAGAUUGAGCAGGUUUCCCGGGCUUACAGAGUUUAUUACAGUCAAGGACCAAAAGAUGAGGACAAUGACUACAUUGUCGACCACACGAUCAUCAUGUACCUCGUGGGGCCUGAUGGAGAGUUUGUGGACUAUUUUGGGCAGAACAAGAGAAGCGCGGAGAUCUCCACCUCAAUAGCAGCGCACAUGAGGAAGUACAAGAUGAGAAAAUGAGCAGCAGCCCGUUAAACUCCAUCAUGGACUGACAGAUUCUCUUCUCAGGUGUUACUGUUCACCACUGACCUCUUAUAUUGAUUGGCCUUUUAUUUAUUUUGGAUACACUAUCAUAUGAAGAUAUAUGUCUGCAGUGACAUUCCUUCUGCCGCUUGUUGUUGUCAUAUUAAUUUCUCCCCGAUUAUACAUGAGACCCAUCACACUGCAGCUAAAUGGACAGAAAUUCUUGAAAACAUUUAAAGAAACUCUAAUGAGCUCAAGAUUUUGUGAUAAAAUCACCCCCAAAAACA